CUCUCUGUCUGUCUCUCUGUCUGUCUCCCUCAGCACUCUUUCUCCUGUUCUUUUGCACUCACUCACAAGUAUUGAAUUUCAUUCUCAUGAUGGCAAUAACUUGGUGUGUGUGUGUGUGUGUAGACAAGGUAGACGAUGACCUGGAGAUGACCAUGGUGUGCCAUCGUCCAGAGGGGCUGGACAAGCUGGAGGCUCAGACUAACUUCAGCAAGAGGGAGCUGCAGGUCCUCUAUCGGGGCUUCAAAAAUGAGUGUCCUAGUGGCGUGGUGAAUGAGGAUACCUUCAAACAAAUAUACUCCCAGUUCUUUCCACAUGGAGAUGCUAGCACCUAUGCUCACUAUCUCUUCAACGCCUUUGACUCAGCUCACAGUGGAUCAAUCAAGUUCGAGGACUUUGUCACGGCUCUGUCCAUCCUGCUGAGAGGGUCUGUGAGGGAGAAGCUGCAAUGGACCUUUAAUCUGUACGACAUAAACAAAGAUGGCUACAUCAAUAAGGAGGAAAUGACAGACAUUGUCAGAGCGAUCUACGACAUGAUGGGGAAGUACACUUACCCUGCUCUGAAGACAGACGCUCCUAAACUUCAUGUGGAAGCCUUCUUCCAGAAAAUGGACAAAAACAGAGAUGGGGUGGUCACUCUUGAUGAGUUCAUUCUGUCCUGCCAGGAGGAUGAGAACAUCAUGAAGUCCCUUCAGCUCUUUGAGAACGUCAUCUAGACCAACGGGGAGGAAGAGAAAAACAGACAAGCGGAGCGAGAGAAACAGAGGAGGAGUGAACAAGAAAGAAGAGAGAAUGAGAGAGAUGGCACGGUACUGAAAGAGAGAGGGAUGAGCGAUCCGUCCCAGUGCAGAAAAGGACACAUCCCCAUGGUUACGAGAGGCUCUUGGGACGCUGGUCACUGGAACUAUCGUCAACAGUGUGUAACCAUGACGUUGUCAUGGCAGUGACCCUUCUGGGGGUUGGUUUGGGUUGCGAUCUUCGCCCCUCAGAACAGCACCCCUUGACUUCUCACCUGGCUUUGACCUUUCUGACCCUGUGAAAUCUGACCCCUGGCCCCACCUCUCUGUCGGGCCGAUGUUGUCAUGGUAACUGUUCUCUCAGAGGGCGUGUCUGGUAGAUCUUGGUGUGCAUACCGAUCCUGUGCCACAGCGUUUUGUACGACUCAAGGCCACUCAUUUCGUCCAUGACCAGACGUUAUUGUGAAAUUCAUACGCUUAGCUAUUUACAGUAGUAGAUAGUAGUAGCCAUUACAUACAACAUUGAAAUAUAUUGAAAAAUGUCUCCUCAUGUCUGCUUGCUUUGGUCCCCCCUCCAUUUCUGUUGCCCUACCAGCCAUGUCGGUCUGUGGAAUUCCUGUUGUGAUGACUCUGCUAUGUUUCUAGUGUUUGUAGACACUUUCUAACAGUGUGCUGUCUGUCUGUCUGUUUCCUCAUUGUCGGUCCACUUACUGGCUGUUUCUGUAUACGGCUAGACCAGACAGAUUUUACAUCUCCCUUUUUAAUGACAUCACGCAACCACUAUCUGUUCAGUAGCAAUGUGGAUGUGUGUGCUGUGUCGCUUGUGUAACAUUGUUUCGUUAGGACAUAAUACAGUCACAAGGUAAGAAUACUGUUACUGAACCAACUGUUCACUGUGACUGUGAGGGGGGAAGAGAAAUGGAGGGUAAAAAAUUAGAUAAAGCGAGGUACCGCAAUAAAGAAAGAGAUAUAGGCAUAGAGAAAGAGAAAUAGUGAAAACAGAAAAACUGAUAUAGACACAGAGAAAGACCUCUUCACUGAGUUCAAAGGAAUGGAAGCCAUGAGUCUAAAGUAUAAUACCUGCUGUGAAUACUAACGGACUGGAAUGACACAAACAACAUCUUUAAUUUUAGUCUGACUGCUAUAACCUUAUGACCCUUGUGUUUUCAAUAAACUAUACUUUCACUUUCACUGUGACUGCGGUGACUGCAGGUGAUGGACGGACAGACAGACAAGAAAUCAAGCAUAUACAUGUGUAUUGAAAUGUUGUAUACAAUUA